UCAGGGCAUUCGAAAUAGCCUUAGCUUACCGUUGAUACAGUCGCACUGUUUCCUAUAUCGACUCUUGCCAGUAGACCGGUAGUUUUAAUGGAAAUGUAGCCUUUGGCUUUACAAAUGGUGCGUGAGUGUGGAGCUCUUCCCUGCAGCAUCAGCAACUUCAUCGUUACUGCGCUGUCGUUCUCCCAAACACCAAGGCUCUCUUAUCUCCCAGCGUGCUUGCUCUGUUCUUUAGUUCUUCAGUAUUUCCCCCACGGGCCAUUUGACCUGAAAUCGCUUUUACCAGCCCAUUACUCACCCCUUCGUUGUCUGACCCUUUUUAUUCAAGCACUACUGGACUGCCAUCCGAUGGUACGUUAUGAAUAGAUUCAGAGAGACGUGAUUACUUCCCGCAUUUUCCACGGUCUUCCCACCCCACUUGCCCUCCAUCCCCAUGUAAGACAAAUGGGCUAAGAAAGACCUUUUAUGUUGGAGUAAAAAAGUGGGCUGUUCAAGUUUUUUUCUUCUCUGACUAAUUUCGUUCCUCGAUCUUUCUCUUACCUUAUUCACAAGCAGACGGUGCGCAGGACUUAAUAACCUACACCUUUGAGUGUAUUUAUUUGGGGGAAAGCCGGUAUUCGACAAGAAAUUUGCCGAUUUCGCCAGGUGGGAAAGAUUUACACCUGUCGAAAAAACAUUAAAGCAAAAUUGCAUUGUAAAAGACAACAUAAAUUGCCAACUCAGUCUGAAGAAUGCGAUUGACUGUGUCACUACCACUGCUGCUGUGUGCCCUCUGUCCAUUUAUCCUGGCAUCGCUGCCGGAAUCGGACCCAGGACCAGCUCUUGAGCCGGAACCUUUUGCACCUCCUCCAGAUGACUCAAGACUUCUGCAGGUGAUCAUCCCCCUGCUGUCCCCUGUGCCUGCCGUCCUGGGCGGCUCUCUCACUCUGCCCUGCCUGGUGUCUCUGACCAAGCCGCCCCCCUCGCCCCCCUUCCUGGGAGACCACACCCCCCCACUGCCCCGGGUCAAGUGGAGCUUGGUGUCCUCGGGACAGGACGCAGAGAUCCUGGUGGCCCAGGGGGAGAGGGUGAAGAUCAGUGAGGCCUACUCGGGACGGGCGUCGCUGCCCAACUACGCCUCGUCCCCUGCCGACCUCACCCUCAGGCUGGAGGGCCUCCGCUCCAAUGACACAGGCAUUUACCGCUGCGAGGUGCAGCAGGACCUGGAGGAUGCCCAUGACCUUGCUGAGGUCAAGGUCAAAGGUGUGGUGUUCCACUACCGACAUGCCUCCAGUCGACAUGCUUUGUCCUUCUGGGAGGCCCGGCAGGCUUGUGAGGAAAUCGGAGCCAAAAUGGCCACCCCGGAGCAGCUCCUGGCAGCCUACCACAGUGGAUUUGAGCACUGUGAUGCCGGCUGGCUUGCUGACCAGACUGUCAGAUACCCCAUCCACGCGCCACGGGAGGGAUGUUUUGGGGACAUGAAUGGGAACCCAGGAGUGAGGAACAGUGGGAUGCAGGACCCUGAGACACUUUUUGAUGUGUACUGUUAUGCAGACAACAUUGAAGGCGAGGUGUUCCACUCCCCUCUGAACCUCACCCUGGGGGAAGCCAAGGCCUUCUGUCAGAAAGCUGGGGCGAGACUGGCCAGCCCUGCUCAGCUCCACGCAGCCUGGAACGACGGCCUGGACCACUGCAGCCCUGGCUGGCUGGCGGACGGCAGUGUGCGCUUCCCCGUAGUCACGCCAAGGGAGCGCUGCGAAGGACUCCAACCGGGAGUCCACACCGUCUAUCGUCACAGCAACCAGACGGGCUUCCCCGAGCCCCACAGUCACCAUGGCGUCUACUGCUUCCAAGGUCACGGGAACUCCCAAACCGACGCGCCCCCGGACUACCUGUCCACAGAGCCAGAGCACACGAAUCUGGACCUGGCGACCCAGUCAGAGCCGCUGGAGGAGACUGGCCAGGGGACAGAGCAGGCGGAGGGUGAAGCUAAGGGCCCCCCGGAGUCCUUCUCCAUCUCCACCGGGCGGCGCCACAGGAAGAGACCGGCGAGGGCCACCGAGGCAGCUGGGGAAGCGCUCCCCUACACAAUCACCCCCGUGUCUAUUUCCCGGCCCACCAGUGACAUCAGAGUGGAGUCCGUUCACCCCCGCAAGCGUCAUAGGCACUCCCAGAACCAGUCCGGAAGGAGGAGGCCCCAGGGAGCCGUCACCAGAGUAGCAGAGGAAACUUCUGUCUCUACUCUAACUCCAGGCCUGGACUCGAGUCUCUCGGCUGAGACCACUAGCUCCCCCGACCAGACCACCAGCUCCCCCGACCAGUCCACCAGCUCCCCCGACCAGUCCACCAGCUCCCCCGACCAGUCCACCAGCUCCCCCGACCAGACCACCAGCUCCCCCGACCAGUCCACCAGCUCCCCCGACCAGACCACCAGCUCCCCCGACCAGACCACCAGCUCCCCCGACCAGUCCACCAGCUCCCCCGACCAGUCCACCAGCUCCCCCGACCAGUCCUCCAGCUCCCCCGACCAGUCCACCGGCCCUCCCGACCAGACCUCUACCACCGAGGCUGCCUCUGGGGAGGAGUCUGGUCAGACUGGAGUGGACUCAAACCAGGCUGUGCUGUCAGAUUCCACUAGCCCCGUGCACAUAGAACCAGAGGCAGAGGACCGGUCCGUGGAAUCAUCCUCGGUAGGGCUGGUCCCCAUCAGUGAGGAAGAGAGCACGGCAGGCGUUCCCAUGGAGACCGGGUCCAGCGACGGGGAAAUCCCUGUCACCCUGAUGACCCCUGUACCCUUCAUGCUCUUCGGUCCCACCUCCCCUCGCUGGCCAGUGGAGGUGGAGUCCAAAACCUCCAAAGGCCUAGAGACCAGCGUGGUGUUGGGGGCGGAGGUAUUAAAGGACAGGAAGGGGAAGGUGGAGCAAGAAGGGCUGGGCAGAAGCCCGGAGGUGCUGCACCCGACGCAGCAGCCCAGCGAGGCCGCCUCCGGGGAUGACAUUAGCAGCACAGGGUCUGGGAGCGCGUCCGGAGAUGCGCUGGAUCACUCCGGAGCGUCAGGGUCCGGUUCUGGUAUGGACGAGCCCUCGGGCUCAGGCUCCGGUUCUGGUUCUGGCUCCGGCGCCGGUGAGGGCUCAGCAGUUACCGGCUCCCCUGAUUUCCCGUACCCGACCGAAUCCUUCACCAAUUUCACCGAGGGAGCCAACGACAGCACGAACGCCACCGUGGUGACCGUUCACUAUACCUCCAGUAACACAGAGGAGGCGAGCGAACCCCAGGCUAGCGUCACAGGCCUGGACGUAACGCUUCUCCCUGACGAGUCGCAGACCUCCAGCUGGGACAUGCAGCCCUCUCCCACCGCCCCGCAGGAGUCCCGUUCAGACCUGGAGUACAGCGGGGAUCUGCUGCACCCAAAGCCACCCGCAGUGCCAAACCCCAGGCAGGUACUGGAAGCAGCAGGGAGUAUCUCAGAUGCAUGUCUGGAGAACCCCUGUGCCAAUGGAGGCACCUGCAUAGAGAGCGGAGUGUCUGCCAGGUGCCUCUGUCUGCCUGGCUAUGGAGGGGACUUCUGUCAGGCAGACCUGGAGCAGUGUGAGGCCGGCUGGGAGAAGUUCCAUGGCUCCUGCUAUAAGCACUUCUACAAGCGUCAGGCCUGGGAGGUAGCAGAGCAGCACUGCCGCCUGUACGGGGGGCACCUGGUGUCUGUGAUGACUCCCGAGGAGCAGGAGUUUGUCAACAACAAGUUCAGGGAGUAUCAGUGGACUGGUCUGAAUGACAGAACCAUAGAGGGAGACUUCCAGUGGUCUGAUGGAAACCCUUUGCUGUAUGAGAACUGGUACCGUGGGCAGCCCGACAGCUACUUCCUGUCUGGGGAGAACUGUGUGGUGAUGGUGUGGUUCGACGAUGGGCGCUGGAGUGAUGUUCCCUGUAACUACCACCUCCCCUACACCUGCAAGAAAGGCACUUCUUUCUGUGGUCAGCCCCCCACCGUUCCCAAUGCUCUGAUGUUUGGUAAGCUGCGUCCGCGCUAUGAGACCGACUCGCUGGUGCGCUUCCACUGCAAGGACGGCUUCUGGCAGAGACGCUAUCCCGUCAUCAAGUGCCUGCCGAAUGGCCAGUGGGAGGCACCCCAAAUCCAGUGUAUCCCAACCCCGGCGACCACGGAGGGUGAGCAGCAGACGUCUCCCGCUCUGGAGAUGGAAGAAGUGCUCAUGGACGACACGGCCACCGAGAAGGCAGCGCCUCAGUUCUGGGACAUCAAGUGGAAUUUAUAAAUGCUUAACCCUCUGCUCCUCUCUUUACACCCCGUUCUCUUUCUCCCUCAGAGACAGUUCCCCGUCUCCCGUCCAACACGUUGGACUAGUUUACAAACUGUUCUCAACCAUUUCCAGCUCAUCACACCCUCUUUUCGCCACAUCUUUUCUAAAAACCCAUCUGUGGCUACGUUUACUUGCAGUCAAUAUUCUGAACAACUGAGAAGUCUGAACUAGUGCAUUCAGAAUAUAUAUUCCAAAGAAGCCAUUGAUACGAAUAC